AUGUAUUUUCCAAAGUUUCAUUAUUAUCAUAAAUUGUUUUGCAGUUAUUGGUCUUCACAGAUUAUAGACAAUGAUCUUUUUUUGUCAUUGACACGUCUGUUUAUUUUAACAGAACCACAACCUAUACAAUUCUUUGAUGAUAAAUGGGAUGAAAAGAGUGAAGGCAACCUCGAAUUAACCAAAAAGGCGCAUGCACAAAUAAAAGCGUACUAUGACAAUUUUCCAAGUAUAGAAUACGUUACGAACGAUAAAAAGCCAGAAAUUAAAGAAGCCAAAGCAUUUACGGACUCAAUUCUUCAAAGUGUACCUUCUGGAAACGUUACUGAAAGAGCUACUGUGUGUCAUGUAUUGAAGAACAUGCUUCAAGCUCAAAACAUUGAAUGCCUAUUUUACGAUUCUACUCAUGGUAAAGAUCUCCAUGAUUCUUCCGGCAUUUUGACUGAAAUUAGCUCACAAGAACGACCAUUUAUAUUAAAACUAAACAGUAGUGAUGGGUUAGGAGGCAGCAUGGGACCAAAAACUGAGCAUGGUGCUAUAAGGUUUGCUCGAAUAUUAACAGAAUCUAUUCAGAAUAAUAAAGUUCAUCCAGUUAUUCAAGAUGUGUUGGGCCGAUUAUCAGAAGCGCAUCAGACCGAUAAAGAGAAUAUUAGCGUAACAGCCGUAUAUGUUGGCUCAUUUAAUUUCGCUUACACUGUAAAAAAUUGGAUACCCGGUACCUUGGAGUCGCUUCCGAAACUUGAAAAAAACCUAAAAGAUCAAUUUGAACAAUUUUCAGAUGCUAAAAUUCAUCCAUUACUGUGUCGUCCAGCGUUUGAUAUUUCUUCCUUUGAUAAACAGGGAAAUAAAACGUUUCCGGAUUCAUCCGAAACUUAUCAAGUUGGCCCGCCUGGACGAACUCAAAAGUACACUUCACCAGCUGGAUGGACGAGAUAUGGAUUGAAAGUACGGGGCAAAUACUCCAAUGGAGAUAAUUGGUUGCAUCCAUUUCAAGAUCCUGGAAAUUGGUACCGAGCUUUUCAUGGGACAGGAAGGGCAUCAGCAGCCGAUUUUAAUAAGUCUAAACAAUCGUUCGAUCAACAGUAUGCGCCAGUCGAUGCUAUCGCUAGUAUCUAUAAAACAGGGUUUCGCCCGGCAAGAGUUGCUGCAUUUGGAUCCGGUGUUUACUGUUCUCCAGAUCCUACAUUUCCUGAAAAAGGAUAUGUCGGAGUUGUUCAAUGUGAUACACAACAAGGGAGAAAAAAUUUCAAAUGCAUGCUGCAAGUAGCUGUGAGUCCGGACGGUGUCACAUUUGCUUCUGACAAUAGUAUUUGGGUUGUCUCGAAUCCUGAAGACGUUCGACCUUAUGGCAUACUUAUUAAAGAAGCUUAA